CCUCUCCCCCAACCCCUACUACUACGAUCGUCAUUUCGUCGUGCUUUCACGCAGUCUUCUAACAAACAACAGAAUUUCAAGAAUCCGGAGAUUCCAAAUCUAUCCCCUCCAACCCAAAGAGUCCUCCUUUUCCCUCAUUUUCCAAUCUUUUCCUCCAUUUAGAAACAUCGCAGAUAACCAAAACCAAUCCUUCACCAGUGGUUGUUCUUGAUUUCUGGUUUUGGUUUCAUUCUUGGUUUAAUCAUUUGAAAAAGAAUGGGAUUAAAAUCAUUGUUCAAUCGAAAGAAAAAGAGAUUGCAACAAUCACCUUCAGCAGCAAAUCCAUCACCAAUGCAGUCAAGAUCGUCAUCAGUUCAAUCCAGAGCGAGAAUUGAGGAGGAACUCGAGCAGGUUUUCAAGAAAUUUGACGUCAAUGGUGAUGGAAAGAUCUCUGCAUCUGAACUUGGCCAAAUAAUGGGGAGCCUUGGCUAUCCUACGACAGAUGAAGAGUUGCAUAAGUUGAUGAAUGAGGCAGAUUCAGAUGGAGAUGGAUUCAUUGAUUUGCAAGAAUUUAUCGAACUCAAUACGAAAGAUAUCGAUUCGGAUGAAGUCAUGGAGAAUCUCAAGGAUGCAUUCUCUGUUUUCGAUAUAGACAAGAAUGGCUCAAUCUCUGCUGAUGAAUUGCAGAAUGUAUUGAAGAGUCUUGGUGAAGAAUGUUCAUUGGCUGAAUGCAGAAAGAUGAUUUGUGGGGUUGAUGCAGAUGGUGAUGGGAUGAUCUGUUUUGAGGAGUUUAAGGUUAUGAUGAUGAUGGGAUCACGUUUUGAUUCUUCUGAGCCUAAGGCUUAAGGAAAAACGAUCAUCAUUUGAUGAUUAGAAUUUCCCCAUCUUUUUUAUGUAUUUUCCCCUUUUGUUCAUUCCGAUGCUAUUUGGUUAACUACAUUAGGAAUUCUGAUGCAAAGAAAAUUUAGUCUAGUCUUUUGACGUGUGGAUGUUUUGGGAUCCAAAAUUGGGAAUGCAAGUCUUCAAGAUUGCUCUUUUCUUUAUCUCCAAAGAUGUAUAUCACUUAUUAUCAGAUAUGCAAUUAUCCUUUCCCCUUUUGUGA